AUUCGAUAUCAGAUAUUUUUUCUCUAAUUUGAAUCGAAAAAUUUCUUGGACCGGGUCGGUUCAGGUAGAUUCAAACUGAAUUAGCCUCCCUACCAACAAAAAUUCUAAUUAGGAAAUCCAAUUGAGGAUCCAGGCGUUUUAAGUUGUACGCUAACAGAAAAAGUAGAGUCCCAUUCUCUUCGCCAUUUCCAAUUUCCAUCUAGCAGGCAGCAGCUUUUUCUCAAACCGACUAAUUCAAGUUUCCUUCCAAGCUUUGUAAUCGUUCCGCUUUUCUUCUUCUUUGUCGAUUUCAUUUUUUAAUCAUUGGUUAAAUUGGUGUUUGAUUUUGCAUGUUGACUUGAAUUCUCUUUGUUUUGUGUGAUGCUGAUUUCUUCUUAUGCUAUCUUCCCUUUUUCUGCUUUCAUGUGAAUAUCAGACAUUUGGUUUUUAAAAUGCAUUGCAAUUGUGAAUUGUUUCAUCUUUUUUGUAUUUGUUUUUGGGUUUGUUUAUUACUUUGUUGCCAACAAAUGCUUUGUUGUAGUAGUUCAUUUAGAGGCUUUCGCAUUUUCUUGUUUAUGAUACGAAUCCAUCCUCAAGAUUAAUGCUUUUUUUGAUUCUGUGAGUAGAAAAGCAAUGGAAAGGAAGGAUGGUGGAGUGAAGAGAAAAAUGAAUAAUAAUUGUCAUUUGAAGGGAAUUGUUUUGUUUGGUUAGUUAAUUAGGUCAUUAGAACUUUUUUUACAGAAAUUGCUCAAGGUUGUGUUAAGGAACUAAAAUUCAUUUAAAUUGUAGAUUUAACUAUGAAAUCAUAAAUGAAGAAUGUGACAAAUCAUUCUCAAAUUCUCUUCUUUUACCUACUUUUGCAAUAAUGGUGGAAUUGGCUUAAAUCCAAACAUAGCAACUAAUAUCCUUGAAUUCUCUAGAUUUUCAAAUGAAAUAUUGUCCCCAAACAUAGCAUUGAAGAUUUUAGAAACUGGAAUCUUUAUAUUAUGACAUGAAUUGUAAUUGUAGCAAGUUAUUGCUGGUUGUAUAUUCCUGUUUCAAAUUGUUUUUGAUGAUGAUUUUGCAAAAAAAAGAAAAAGAAAAAAAAAAUUGGUAAUUGAUGAGUGGAUCAACUAAUGGCCUGUCGCUAGAGGGUGUUAAUAGAUCGAAAAUACAACCAAUGAGCACUUUAGUUGGGAAUAUUUGAUUUGGCAGGAUGGCAAAAACCUUGCAACGAUGCAUCUAGUUUUAAAUGGUGGAAGUAUUGUAAGAAAUUAACAUUUUUUCUGAAAAUUCUUUGAUUUUUUGGACUUAACUCGUGAAUAUUUUAUGGGAUAGUUGUUCUUAUGCUUAAUGAUUUUGCCGAAACUCUCCAAACAUAGAGUUAAGAUUGAUGAACUUAUGAACAUUAUGUGUCUAACAUAGGUACUGUAACUGUCCUAUCUUAAUGCUUAACUUCUAUGAAACUCAGAUCUAUAAUUAUUGUUUUCCCUUGCUGCAAUUUAUAUUAUUGCAAUUUCUUAUAGAAAUCUUUGACAUGUAUGUUUUUUAAUUGUUUAAUAUGACAGUUAAUUGAGGAGCUAUGUCAGUUUAUUCAUCACACUUCCAUUUGUCAUAUUUCUAUGGUGCCACUUCAAAUGAAUCCAACUUGAGCAAGCAAUCGUAUAGUACAUAUGUGCAUGUAUAUAGAGCUGUAGGCUGUUCUCGAUUAGAAGCUGAUAUAAGAGUAACUAAUUUAGCCUUGUCCAAUCGCUGUAAUGCCUUUCUAGUAAAAAGCUAUAACAAUGAAUCGACUAGAACAUUGUCCAUUUCAGACGAUGAUGGAGAUUUGGAAGAUUCAGGAGAUGGUAAUGUGAAGUUUCCUCCAGAAAACGGUAAUAGUGGUGGUGGUGGUGGUGGUAGUGGUGGUGGUAGUGGUGGAGAUGGUGAUUAUGAAGGGGGUGAUGAAGAUGAAAAGGAAUUUGGUCCUAUUUUGAACUUCGAGGAGGUAAUAAGAGAGACCGAGAAACAUGGCGUAACUCUUCCUUCUGAUAUACUCGAAGCAGCCAAAACCACAGGAAUAAGAGAACUCAUAUUGAUGCGAUAUUUGGAGUUGCAGGGAUCAGUCUGGCCUUUGGGCUUUCUGAUGAAACACUGUUCAAUGCUCCGUGACAGGAUGUUAGCUGAUCCUGCAUUCUUAUUCAAAGUUGGGACCGAGAUAGUAAUAGAUUCUUGCUGUGCAACAUUUGCUGAAGUUCAAAAAAGGGGGAAGGACUUCUGGAAUGAAUUUGAAUUGUAUGCUGCAGAUCUUCUAGUUGGUGUGGUUGUUGACAUAGCCUUGGUUGGUAUGCUAGCACCAUAUACUCGUAUUGGGAAACAAACUGUAUCAAGAGGCUUAUUAGGACGCUUUCAGCAUGCUUCUCGUAACUUACCUAGUAGCGUCUUUGAAGCUGAAAGACCUGGAUGUAGGUUUUCAAUACAACAAAGGAUUGCGGCAUACUUCUACAAGGGUGUAUUAUAUGGGGCUGUUGGAUUUGGUUGUGGAAUAGUUGGUCAAGGCAUUGCAAAUAUGAUCAUGACUGCUAAAAGGAACAUUAAGAAGUCAGAUGAGGAUAUACCUGUUCCUCCACUUGUAAGAAGUGCUGCUCUCUGGGGUGUUUUCUUAGCUGUAUCUUCCAACACACGUUAUCAAAUAGUUAAUGGACUGGAGCGCGUCGCUGAAGCAUCGCCGUUGGCAAAGAAGGUUCCGCCUGUUGCAAUGGCUUUCACUGUCGGAGUGCGAUUUGCCAAUAAUAUCUAUGGCGGUAUGCAAUUUGUGGAUUGGGCUAAAUGGAGCGGUGUGCAAUAGCAUGGUUGCGCUUUCUCAAAAGUGUGAGCAUGCAACUGUUAUGAGCUGAUCAAGUCCAACAGUAGAAAUAGGAAUUUUGGUGGGAUGAAUUAGAAGCAGUGCUAGGAACCAAUGUAGAAAUGUUGUUUUAAACCAAAAAAGGUUGAAACAGUUAGCUUUAUCUUAUUACAUUAGCUUAUCUUUCUUAUCUUAUCAACAGCAAUAAAAACGCUAUUAAGUGGCUCCUACAUAGGUUAGAGUUUAGGGGUAUUGCAAGCUUAAUAUUUUUAUACACUUGUUAGUAAUAUAAAGGGUUGUUUGUGAGUGACCCUUGAUAAUAAAUAUCGUCUGCAAAUUCACAUA